GUUCGGUUUUGCCCUUGAGUAUGUCAGUGCUGUUACAAGCACCGAGCGUACCGGUUAACUGGAUCAAGUCAACGCGUCUUGAAAGACAGUCUCAGAUUUCUUUCCAGAAGCGACGAAGAAACUCUGGAAAAUGAAGAUCGUUUUAUUAGUAUUGGCCUGCGUCGCCGGCACCAUUGCCACCGAAAAUUCCGUCGAAAAACAGCUACUGGUGGCUGCCCCAACCGGUAAAAUUCGCGGUUCGGUCAUGACUUCGCGACUCGGAAGGACCAUUUACUCGUUUCGCGGCGUGAGAUACGCCGAGGCUCCCACGGGACAUCGACGUUUCCAGCCACCGGUUCCAGCAGCAGACUGGCAGAGCGUUUUUGAUGCCAGCGAGGAAGGGCCCAGUUGUCCUCAGUCGAAAGGUCAAUUGCAAUCCGAAGAUUGUCUGCGUUUAAACGUGUACACUACGAAAUUGCCCUGCAAAAACGAAAAUGUAUCGAGACCAGUGAUGGUGUUCAUACAUCCGGGCGGUUUUUAUGGCUUUUCGGGGCAGAGUCUGCUGUUCGGGCCGCAGUAUCUUCUGGACAAAGAUAUCGUUUUGGUCACAAUCAAUUACCGUCUCGGAGCGUUAGGUUUCUUGAGCACCGGUGAGAAUUUGGCGCCAGGUAACAUGGGUCUGAAAGAUCAGGUGGUGGCCCUUCGUUGGGUGAAAAGAAACAUCGCCGCGUUCGGUGGCGAUCCGAAUGCUGUUACUUUGUGCGGCGAUAGUGCCGGUAGUCUCAGUAUUAUGCUGCAUAUGGUGUCCCCUAUGUCCGGAGAUCUGUUUCACAGAGCUAUCUCGAUGAGCGCCUCGGCCAUGGCCCCGGAUGUCUACUCCGGAAUUGCAACCAACGGGCAGAAACAGCUCUCUACGAAACUGGCCAGGUUGUUGGAUUGUCCCACCGACUCAACCGGCUCGAUGUUGCUCUGUUUGUGCACGAAACCCGUUGAGAACUUUACCGACACGUUGGAGUCGUUGUUUGAUUGGCGUGGAAAUCCAAUUUUACUCUGGAAACCAACGAUCGAGCCCCAAGUCCGCGGCGUCGAGAGAUUCUUGACCGCUCAACCGUACGACUUGAUCAAACAAGGAAAAUUCAAACAGGUUCCUUACAUUCUCGGUGUCACGGAGAACGAAUUUGGCGGAGUAGCUUCUCUUUAUGAAAAAGACGCGUUAAACAACGGUACACUGUACGAGGAACUUGACGAGAACUGGAACCGCCUUUCCCCGAUUAUAUUCUAUUACGAACGCGACACACCGCGAUCGAACCACAUCAGCAACGAAUUACGGCGAUUCUACUUCGAUGAUCAGCCAAUCGGUUCGGAAACUAUUCAAGGACUUUCCGACGUGUAUGCCGACGGAAUAAUUAUAUUUAGCAUGUAUCGUGCGGCUAAGAUAUUUGCUUCGAAGUCCAACCAGCCGGUAUACUUUUACAAAUUUAAUUACAAGUCGCGCUACAGUUUUCGGAUGUGGAACGACACCACGCCGUUCGAUGUAGAUCAUCAGGACGACCUGCAGUACCUUUUCUAUAUGAAGCAACUCUUCCCGUACUUUGAACCUGACGCGCCUGAAAUCCCAAUGGUGGAAGUCUCCACCUCGAUGUGGGCUAAUUUUGUAGAAACCGGUGAACCAAUUCCUAGGAACGACGAUAGAUUCAAGGGUGUAACUUGGAGUACAUUCGUACCCGCGAGAACUAAUUUCUUGGAGAUCAGUCCUCGUCCAACCAUGAAAAAUGUCUUUUUCCCCGAUAGAAUGCGAUUAUGGGAAAGACUGUUCCCUUUACCGUCGGACACGAAAAACGUGAAACACUGAACGCAA